ACAAACGGCCCUAGGUCUAAGAUCUAACACCAAGUUUUUCUAUGGUUUGCAGAGAAAUAUCUCUAAUAUCUUUUGCACUCAUAUCCCUUCAAACUGAAUAGAAUGAAGGUGUUCGACGCGCACUGUCACCUGCAGGACCCAAGAAUAUGGAGCAAGGCUCCCCAACUGAUUGCAAAAGCUAAUGAAGUUGGAGUGGUCGGCUUUGCGGUCAACGGAGUCUCUGAAAAUGACUGGCAUUUGGUCAAGCAACUCGGUCAAUCUUACCCUGCUUCCAUAGUUCCUUGCUUUGGUCUCCACCCUUGGUUUAUUCAAGAAAGGACUCCGAGUUGGUUCGACACAUUGAAGCAAUUCUUUGAUUCCACCCCCUCUGCUGCUGUUGGGGAGAUUGGGUUGGACAAAAGUUCACGGGGAAAGCAAAUUGAUUUUGCGGAUCAGGUUCAAGUGUUUCAGCAGCAGCUUCAGCUCGCAAAAGACUUGAAACGGCCGGUGUCCGUCCAUUGCGUUCGUGCUUUUGGCGAUCUUCUUCCCAUAGUGCAGCGUAUAGGGCCUUUUCCUGCUGGUGUCAUUCUUCAUUCCUACUUGGGUUCCGCUGAGAUGGUUCCUGAAUUUGCCAAGCUUGGUGCUUACUUUUCAUUCUCAGGAUUUCUCAUGUCUAUGGAACAACGCAAGGCAAAGAAGAUGCUGAAGAUGGUGCCUUCUGAAAGGAUUUUGUUGGAGACGGAUGCACCUGAUGCCCUACCCAAGUCUGCAUCGGAUUCCUUGUAUCUAGUUGAAGGAGAUUCUUACAAUUCCAAAGAGCUUCAACCGCAACAAGGCAUUGACGAUCUUAGUUCUGCAAGUGAUGCAUCAACAAUGCCUAAAGAAACCCUUAAUCAUCCUGCGAACAUUUUGAAUGUGCUCAGUUAUGUUGCAUCUCUGCUCGAGUUGACUAAAGAGGAAGUUGCUGAAGUGAGCUAUCAAAAUGCGAUUCGCCUAUUCUCAUAUAGAGCUCCUUGAAUCACUUUCUGAAAGAUGAAUCAAUCCCUCGUCAAUUUUAAUAAACAAUUGUACAUUUUCACUUGUUUGUUGAUCACUAACUGCAUAUUGGAACGUGUUACUGUACGUGUUUCAGAUCAUAUUUGCAUGCCAUGCUAAUGAUAACUGAUAAGUCAUGCAUCCUCAUGACUAGAGUGGUCAAACGGUAACGGAUUAACAUGUUGUGCCGUGUCAUGCCCCUGUGCUAAUGGGCCGACCAAACCCAUUUCGCAGCUCUACCCAUGACUUUAAACCCUCCAA